GUCAUCAGGAGGGUAUAUAUAGGGAGAGCAAGAGCUCUGGGCCAUCCCACUGGGAAGCUUUAACAUAGCUGUGGAAGUCUGCAGUCUACAAGAGCCUACUAUAGACAUUCUACAACCAACCAGAAUCAUGGAACAGCCAACUUUCAGCACCAAUGGGGAGAAGACGAACAGCCUCUGUGAAUCCAACAAUGAAAAUGAUGAGAUGCAAGAGGUACCAAACAGAGUCUUAGCCCCCGAACAGAGUUUGAAAAAGACAAAAACAUCAGAAUAUCCAAUAAUAUUUGUGUAUUACCACAGGAAGGGUAAGAAAAUAAAUUCAAAUCAACUGGAGAAUGACCAGUCCCGAGAGAACUCCAUCAAUCCAAUCCAAAAGGAGGAAGACGAAGGCCUAGACUUAUCUGAAGGAUCUUCAAAUGAGGAUGAAGACCUAGGCUCAUCUGAAGGACCUUCAAAGGAGGACAAAGACCUAGACUCAUCUGAAGGAUCUUCACAGGACAGCGGGGAGGAUUAGUCACACAUGGAGAAAACAAAUUGGACAAAUCAUCACCACUGAUGGCGAUGAUUACAAUAAAAUCAAGUUUAAGGAGCUGAUGAUUGUGU